UAGGCAAAGUCAAAGUUGCAUUAAAGCUACACAUCCUAGAUUUCUCCACCCCAAUUUUCAACAUUGUUAAUGGCGUCAAUGGCGUCCAGCUCUGGAACUGCGCACGAGGAGUGUGUGAGUGAGAUCGAAGAAGAGGAGAUCGAGGAAGAGGAGAACGAGGUCCAUGUAAACUACCAAAGCAAGUACGAGCUUGGAACUAUAGCGGAGGAGGGCAGCUGGUGCUUAAGCUACGAGGAGAGAGAGAAUGUAUUAUAUGUGGCGGUAUGGAGGGAGAUCGAUGAGGCGUUGAGCAUGGACGCCUUGCUCUGGACGCUCAAAAAUGCUGUGCUUGAUCCCUCCUCGGCUUUCAUCUUCCUCAUCCACGUCUUCCCUGAGAUCAAGUUCAUCCCUUCGCCUUUGGGGAAGUUGCCUAUAAAUCAGGUGAACCCGGAGCAGAAGAAGGUGUUUUUGGCCCAAGAAAGUGGGAAGAGGAGAGAUCUUCUCCGAAAGUAUGUCAAUGUAUGCUCUGCUUCCAAUGUUAAAGUGGAGACUGUACUUGUUGAAAGUGAUAUGGAGGCUAAAGCCAUACUUGAUCUCAUUCCUAUUCUCAAUAUCACAAAGCUCAUUCUUGGAGCCAACAAGGCUACUGUGAGAAGGAUCAAGUCCAAGAAGGGGAAUGGAACAGCAGAUCAGAUAGUGCAGAAGGCACCUGAAUUCUGUGAGGUUAAGAUCAUAUGUAAAGGUAAAGAAGUUACCGAGCUGGAGAUGACAGAGUCCUCAUCUUCUUCUCCUUCUCCUUCUCCCUCGCCCAGGCUAACUCAUUCAACUCCCACCUUUGCUCAAAACAAAUACCAAACAGCAAACGACUCAGCUGCCUGCGGUUGUUUCAAAAUCUGAGUCAUGUCAAUCCAAGCACAGAUCCGCCCCAAAACUGGUUGCACUUGAAGAAUGAUAUUUGAGACUAUCAAACCUUUCUUGCUUCUUAUGAAUAUAGAAACUGUAAACAAUUUCAUUUGUCAGGUAGUAACAAGUUUGUAAAUCCUGUGUGAUCUUUUACCAUGACGACUUAUAUUUAUGUUGAACCUUUUGUCAUCCAACUUUACACAAAGCCUUUAAUUUAGCAA